AUGGCAGAAAGCAAGGCUUUUAAGGUGAGUGCAAACCAGCCCACACUUGCCUCAACCCAUCAGUAUUCAAUAAUUUGCAGAAAAGGUUGUGUCAUUACUACAAGAGUGUACUAUUUACUGUUUGUUGGCUUUAUUUGCUUAAAACAUAUUAUGCUCAUCAAAGCUGGUGUUUCAAAUCCCUUAAUGGGUACAUUAUGCUUCCUGAUUGUUUCCAACUGUGCAUAUCAGAGGAGUUCCACUGUCAUAUUUGCUAUUAGCCACGUAAUUGUUAUCGUGACGUCUAAGGUAAAACACACUAUUGUUCUGUUUCUACAAAAGUUGGUUAGUUUUAGUAUUAGUAAACAAAUUAAAUUUAUUUUUAAUUAUUCCAUAGUACAAGCUAUAGUUUGGGCAAUUCGGUUGUUGGGAUAUGGUGUUGAUAACCGUUUAUGA